AUGGCGUCAGUUACCAAUGGCACCUCUGGCCCAUCUCUGCCUGUAGUCUUUACGACACAAACACCCUACCCACUGCCUGCCCAAAAAUUCUUCAUACCGGCAUCAUGGAAGCGCUACCAGCUUUCGCAGCUCGUGAACAAGGCGCUUGGCCUGCCGCGCGUCGUGCCGUUUGACUUUAUCGUCGGAGGAGAAAUUCUGAGAGGAAGCCUGGCGCAAUGGAUAGCGGAGAAGGGCGUCGGCGAAGAAGAGACUAUACAAAUAGAGUACAUCGAGAGCGUGAUGCCGCCACAGCGGAUGACGGCGUUGCCGCACGAAGACUGGGUUUCCUCGAUAUCUUGCCAACUCCCAGGACACUUUUUGACAGGCUCUUACGACGGCAAUGUCCGCUUGUUUUCAUAUUCGCAGGCGCUAUUGCACACGGCACCUAUCCAUACCGCCCCCAUCACCUCCGCUUCGCUUGUCCCUCAGCCCUCCGCGUCGCCGUCCGAGAGUAACUCAACACUCCUCGUGACGGGCUCCCAGGACUUGACUGCCCGUCUGACACGCAUUACCCCUGCAUCAGAGGAGGCCGCAGAUAACGGCGAGACCCAGGUUCUCGCGUCACUCCACCUACAUACUGCGCCUGUAUCCUCCGUCUCGGCCGACAGCACAGGUGCACACGUCUUGACAGCCUCUUGGGACGGCAUCAUUGGACUCUGGGACACCAUCAUUCCUGAAAAGGACGAGACGCCGGCAGACCCUCAACCUGCACGGCAGAAAAAGCGACGCCGGCUCGCGGGCGCAGAGGACGCGCCGAGACGCAAAGCGCCUCUCGGUGUCAUGCGUAGCCAUACUGCACGCGUCUCCGCCGUUCACUUCGUCGGUGAUGAAAAGGCGGUGAGCGCGGGCUUCGAUUCGACGGUAUGCGUGUGGGACGUCGAGCGCCAACUAUGCACGCACACCGUCACGGCGUCUGAAAAGCCGUUUCUCGCGCUGGCAUUGCAGGGUGCCGCCGGCCAAACGGCGCUUGCGGGUUCGACGGACCGCACUGUAACAUUGUUCGACUUGAGAGCGGAUGCAACUCAAAUUGCCAGCGCGAGUUUCAGUCAUGCUGCUUCACCUGCCGCAUUGGCAGUGUCGCCGAGUGCAGGAAGCCACCAAUUCGUGAGCGGAGGUUACGACGGUGUGGUUCGGCUGUGGGAUGUGAGGAGCGCGGCGAAGGAGAUGGCGAGCUUCAAAGUGUGGGAGGGCAAGGAGGGCCGCAAGAUCUUGGGCGUCGACUGGAAGGGUGAUGUCGUAGGAAUUGCUGGUGAAGGUGGCGUUGAAGUUUGGAAUGUGGCUGAGAGCAGAAGCUAG